AUACGACCUGAGAUUUCUCACUGUACUGUUUCAGGGCGGGGAACAUUUUAAUCAGCCAGUUCCAGUUUGCUCUACCAGCCAGGCGAGUUACAGUCCAAACAGCACAAUACUAGGCUUACUGGAGCAACUUAUCUUCUUCUGAUAUAAUUUGCUCCUGUGCCUGUACUGUCACCACCAUGUUUUUGGCUAAACAGCUCAUAGGAGGCAUUCUGGAUGUUGUGAGCAAUAUCGAUCCUUCCCAGUUUACUCCUUCUGCUCCACCUCCUCCCAGAAGACCCGUAACAACUGUUCAGGCUGCAGCAAAUGAGAGUGACGAGGACAGGCAAUUUCGCAAAGUUUUCCAGCAGCUCGCUGGAGAUGACAUGGAAGUAAGCCCUAACGAGCUGAUGAAUAUUCUCAAUAAGAUUCUGACCAAACAUGCUGACCUAAAGACUGAUGGUUUCUCAAUUGAGUCUUGCAGGAGUAUGGUGGCAGUAAUGGAUAGCGACAGCUCUGGAAAGUUGGGCUUUACGGAAUUCAAAUACCUGUGGAACAAUAUCAAGAGAUGGCAGGGCAUCUAUAAGACAUAUGAUGCAGAUCGCUCUGGGACGAUUGGGGCCAGUGAGCUGCCCGCUGCUUUCAGAGCAGCAGGGUUUCCUCUAAGUGAUCAGCUCUUCCAGAUGAUCAUUCGCAGAUACAGCGAUGAAAACGGCAACAUGGACUUUGACAAUUAUAUUGGGUGCCUGGUGCGACUGGAUGCAAUGUGCCGUGCUUUUAAGACGCUUGACAAGGACAAUAGUGGUACUGUCAAAGUUAACAUUAAGGAGUGGCUGCAGUUGACUAUGUACUCUUAAAGCAAAAAGAAUCUCCAUCAUCUCACUUCAGCAUUCUUGAACUCUUGACUACAAUAAGUUGGAUCCAGUUUUUAUUUUUUGAAUCAUUGCAUUGCAUUUUCUGCAGCUUGUAUUAAACCAAUAAAACUGUGUAUUUAAAAAA